AUGCUACUUCGAGCGGUGCUCUCCCCCGAUACGGACUAUUCCCAGACUCAGGAAGCAGAUCCAUCGAAUACGAAUGAGAUGGAUCCUCUUUGUGAGAGAUAUAUGAGGAAAGUUCUUAUGGGCAUCAACACACCCCGCGUCAACCAGAUCAAAGCUCGGCAGCCUCUUGCAAGACUUGUUGAACAUGGGGACAGUGAUUACACAUUCCUUGGAGAUUCAUCUGCUUCAGCCCUACUGCAGACAGUCCGUCAGCUUGCCAUAACAGCUAUAGGCGAUUGUGCGUUCAUCAAUUUGCAAGAGAACUUCUCACAAGGGCCUCCCGUCGACGAACGGCAGCCCAAGAUAAUCCCUGGUGAAUUUGUGGCUCCACCAAAACCAGAUAUCGUUGAGGCUCGACGUCUCGUAAGAUGGUACUUAUAUAGUACUGCCUGUUUUGGCGAUCUAUUCGAUGAGAGCCUUUUGAUGGGCGAGCUUUCCGCUUGGUUGUCAGAUCCCCAAGAACGACACGAUUGGAUAAGCUCCAAGUUCUUCUUCAUCCUUGCGGUAGGCGCCCAAACUUGCCCGGAGGAUAAAGAUCGUCUCGCACAAUCAUAUUACACCUAUGGUCGAAACCUUACCGUCUGCGAUACAAUGGAGCACACAAGCGCUGGCCUUGUUGGUGCACAAUGCUAUACGCUUAUCACUCUAUAUCUAAUGAAUGCAUCACGCCUCAAUGCGGCUUUCAUGAAUCUUGGACAAGCCAUCCGCGCUGCAUACGGUCUAGGGUUACAUCGGACUGAUCUUGUCGCAGAUUUCUCACCUUCGGAGCGCAGGACUCGAGACCGUCUUUGGAAAGCCAUUCGGGUCUUUGAUGUCUAUCUAAGCGCCACCCUGGGAAGACCACUAGCAACUCAUGAGUCCCGAAAUACCACCACGGCCACGAACUACUCUCCCACAGUGGACAUGUGCACAAUAUACGAGUCAGUACUUACUGAAGUAUACACUCAACCUACGAUCGGGACUGAAAUGCUGCAACAAAUCAUUGACCACAAUCGGGCAUGGGCCACUAGAUUUCCUGCCGGUAUCGAGAAUGAUGGAGUUGAUACGUCCGAGCAGAUACAAUUGGGAUGUCAUCUACUGCCUAAUAUCGGGCUAUUUCACCUCAAGCAGGCAUUCUAUGGGGUCACGAUACUGUUGACUCAUCGAUAUAUUGGGGGAAGUGUCUUGAGCGAUAUGGACAGUUCUGUGGGGGCCUCCAACCCCAACCUCGACCAGAAUGUAAUUUCUCCAUGGCUCUCGUCAUCACAGCUAUUGGGACUCGCUUGCGUUCAAUCAGCCAUUGAUUCCAUUGAACUGUUUCGGGAGCUCCUGGUUGCUGAUCAAGUACCGAAGCGACUCCCGCUGGUUGUGAAUUCGGUCUUCUAUGCUGCCCUUGUUUUGGGCUCGGCAACCUUUAGCGACCUUUAUCCCACGUUUUCUCUUCAGGAAUAUCUUGAAACAGCUUGCAAUCUUCUGUCGAUAUUUCGUAAGCAUGACUGGCUCGCCAUGCAAUAUACUGGAAUCUCGGAAAGACUGAGCGCAGCUUGCAAAGAAUAUGUUGAGAAGAAGUCACGAAGCCAGUUCAAGAACAGGAGAGCCCUUAUCAGCGAGCUCUUUGGGGACGUUGACAUUCAUCAGCCCACAGAGUCGAUUGAGCCCGUUCGAGACCCUGACUCAAGAGAACACAGAGGACCGGCCCCGUCACAUCGUGAGAGGUUUACCCAGGAGUGCUCCCCUGCAUCUAUACCCUCAAAUACUCUACAUCCUGCGGGCUCAGAAAUGGGGACUGCAACCAUGGACUCACUGGACUUUGCAGAAUUUCUUGAAGACUCCUUCCUGCCCAACGCGCAGAGCCAUUUCCUCCAGACUCCUUUUACCCCUUUUUGUGAUCUUCCCGAGGCUGCUCCAAGAUCGGGCCCGUGUUCAGAUUCUAACCUGUCGGGGUUAUUUGUGAAUCACGCAUUUCAAUCCAAAUCAGUGGAUGCAUCUCACGGAUAA